GGGCUAGAGCUACAGUGCGAGGAAGAGAUGCGGGUGAGAGGCAGUCCGGAGGAAGCACAAAUAACCAAAUGACAGGAAGCGUUCAUACUCACUUUUUUUUUUUUACAGUGAGCCUCGAGCCCUAUAGCGGAAAAAACAGGCAGGCGCGCGCGCCGAGGGCGGACAUUGGAAUUAAACCAACUGGUUUGAUUUCAUCCGCAUCCUCAUUAUCAGAGGAAAUCGUCCGCCAUCCGCCCCUACAGUAGUGACCUAGAAAGUAAACAGUUGUCUGGCAGAUGGAGAAACAGGCCGGAGCUGCCGGGGCGGCGGACGGAGCAGGCUCGAACAGAAAGCUCUGGGGCUCGCCGACCGGCGCACCAGCCACCGGAGAAACCCUGGACAGUCCAACAGGUUCUCAUGUAGAGUGGUGUAAACAGCUGAUCGCAGCCACCAUCUCCAGUCAGAUCUCAGGAUCAGUGCCAGCUGAGGUCGGGAACAGGGACAUCAAGGCUGGGAGAAGACCCGCUUUCAUGGUGUCCAAGAGGCUGACUCCCAGGAACCUUCCAGCGUUGAGAUACGGGGCGCAGGUCACAAUGUUCCAGAACCAGGUUCCUUUGCUACCAGGAGAGUCCGUCCAGACUACAGUCAAGGAUGUGAUGUAUAUCUGUCCAUUCAGCGGUCUGGUUAAUGGAACCCUGACCAUCACAGACUACAAACUCUACUUCACCAGUGCGGAACGGGAGUCUCCGUUUGUUCUGGAUGUGAACUUGGGAGUGAUCAGCAGACUGGAGACCAUCAGUGUUCCCAACCAGGGAGAGAACACCAAAGGCCUGGAGCUGGUCUGCAAGGACAUGAGGAGUCCCAGGUUUGCCUAUAAGACAGAGGAGAGCCACCCGGACGUGGUGGAGCUGCUGGACAAACACGCCUUCCCCCUCUCACACAGCCUGCCCCUGUUUGCCUUCCUGUACAAGGAGCAGUUUCCUGUGGACGGCUGGAAGGUGUACGACCCGGCAGCAGAGUACAGACGCCAGGGCCUCCCUAAUGAGAGCUGGACCAUCAGCAAGAUGAACAGCACCUAUGAGCUGUGUGACACCUAUCCCUCCACCCUGGUCAUCCCCACCAACAUUACAGAAGAAGACAUCAGACGGGUGGCUGUGUUUCGAGCCAAGCACCGCAUCCCGGUCCUGUCCUGGAUUCACCCGGAGUCUCAGGCAACCAUCGUCCGCUGCAGCCAGCCGCUAGUCGGCCCUUCAGACCGCCGCUGUAAAGAGGACGAACGCUACCUCCAAGUCAUCAUGGACGCCAACGCUCAGUCCCACAAGCUGACCAUCUUCGACGCCCGGCAGAGCAGUGUAGCAGUCACCAACAAGGCUAAGGAUGGAGGGUAUGAAAGUGAGAGCUUCUACCAAAACGUGGAGCUGAACUUCCUGGAAAUCCCCAACAUCCACGUGAUGAGGGAGUCUCUGAGGAAGAUGAAGGACGUGGUUUAUCCCACCAUAGACGAAGCCCACUGGCACUCCGCUAUCGACCAGACACACUGGCUGGAGUACAUACGGCUGUUAUUAGCAGGAGCAGCAAAGAUAGCGGAUAAGCUGGAGUCUGGAAAGACGUCGGUGGUGAUUCACUGCAGCGACGGCUGGGACCGCACCGCCCAGCUCAGCUCUCUGGCCAUGCUGAUGCUGGACAGUCACUACCGCACGCUCCGAGGAUUCCAGGUUCUGGUGGAGAAGGAGUGGAUAAGUUUUGGACACAAGUUUGCUGCUCGCGUGGGUCACGGCGACGAGAACCACGCUAACUCCGAGCGCUCGCCUCUCUUCGUCCAGUUCAUCGACUGCGUCUGGCAGAUGACUCGACAGUUCCCAGCAGCCUUUGAGUUCAACGAGCUGUUUCUGAUCACCGUGCUGGACCACCUCUACAGCUGUCUGUUUGGUACAUUCCUGUAUAACAGUGAGCAGGAGAGGGCGGCCAAGGAGGUGCAGACCCAGACCGUGUCCCUGUGGUCCUACAUCAACAGCCAGCCGGAGGACUUCAGCAACCCCUUCUACGUGGACUACCAGCACCAUGUUCUGUAUCCCCUGGUUUCCUCCAGACACCUGGAGCUGUGGACUGCCUACUACGCCCGCUGGAACCCCCGCAUGAGACCCCAGGUGCCGGUGCACCAGACGCUGAAGGAGCUGCUGAUCCUGAGGGCGGAGCUGCAGCGGAGGGUGGAGGAGCUGCAGAGAGACGCCACCUCCCACUCCCUGUCCUCCUCCUCGGAACACUCGCCCUCCCACUCCACAGGAACGCCCCUGCACGGCGCCGUCUGACACGCACACACACACACACACACACACACACACACACACACAGAAACACAGAGAAAAACCUGCAU